CUCGUCCGUGCUGAGGUAGAAGUUGCACGUGUGGUCCAGAACGUCUUCAGGUCGACUGAGAUCCACGAAGAAUGGAAUCUUCACUGCGGCGCACAAGAGCACACAAGGGCAGGGUGCUGUCCUGUGGGAUGGAUGACGCCCAAGAGCAGGAUGAGUACGAGGAGCGCCUGAAGGAAGUUUUUAACAGUUUCGACACCAGCGGCUGCGGCUCCCUGUGUCCAGAGGAGCUCUCUGACCUCUGUCAGUCACUGCACCUGGAGGAUGCCACCCCGAUUCUUCUGCAUACACUUCUGCAAGACCAGGACCACCUCACAGCCAGGGUCGACUUUGAACAGUUUAAGAAUGCACUGAUUCUGAUUUUAUCAUCAACCAUCGAGGCCCCUCAACCAGAGCAGGAAACUCUGCAGAAACCAGAAUCUCCAGAGAUCCAACCAAAGUUCGUAAAGGGCAGCAAACGUUAUGGCCGCCGCUCCACGCCAGAGUUAAUGGAGCCCAUUUCGGGCUUAUCUGAAAUCACCAAUGCAAACCUAGCAGAGGGAGUGGAUUUUGAGGACAACUAUGACUCGGCUGUUCCCAGGAAACGUGAGCGCUGGCAUGCUCAGGAAUCUGGAACAGAGGAGUAUGAGGCAGAAGGCCAAAUGCAUCUCUGGAACCCUGAUGAGCCAAGCACACCUCGGGGAUCCAUUGUUCCUUUUUCGACCUGUUUAGAGGAGAGGCUGCGUGAAGCCUGUGAGGAGCUGGCCAUAUCAUGGGACAGAUGUGCUGGUCACACUGAACUGCUGGCUCUCUGUGAACAUCUGGGUCCGGAGAUAAAGGAGGAGGUCCUCCUGAGUUUAAAUGGUGAUGGAGUAAUGAAUGUUCAGGAGUUUGUUUCUCGGGCUGUAAACCUCAACAAACCCCCAACACCGUCUGCCUCCACACCCUACAGACAACUGAAACGACAUCACUCCACUCAGCCCUUUGAUGAAGGCGGCCGUAGGAUUGCCACCUCCUCUGCCUUGACCAGCACCAUUGGCAUGCGUCUCUUCUCCACCCUUGACGAUGGCACUGGUUUCACUCCUGCUGAAUAUAUCCUGGAUUCCUGGACAGAAGAAGGCAUUGAAAAUGGCUCAGAGAUCCUGCAGGCCUUGAAUUUCGACUUGGACGGCAAACUGAGUCUUGGUGACCUCACCAUGGCGCUUGAAAAUGAGUUGCUCGUUACUAAGAAUGGGAUUCACCAAGCGGCACUGGCGAGCUUCAAAGCUGAGCUCAGACAUCUCCUAGAGCAAGUUGACAGGGAAUUCAGGGAGAAAGAGAAAAUCCGAUCUGAUCUGGAAAAAGCGGAAAAGUUGAAAAACCAGCUCGCCACCGAGGUAGACGAGCAUCACUCUGCGAUUGAGCACACAAAUAACCUCAAGCUCAGGAAGCUGGAGCAGGACCACAAAGAGAAACUCGCAGCUGUGCGAUCAGAGCUGAUGCAGGAGAUCGACCGGCUCCAGCAGCAGGUGGGCCUGCAGCGAGAGGAACUGGAGAGGGAGCUGAAGAAGACCAGGGAGGACGAAUCUUUUCUUAGAGACCACCUCUCCAUUUCUGUGAAGGAAAACAGGCGCCUUGAAAUGGAGCUUCUGGACAGCACAGAGAAACUAGUGGAUGCACAAAGUCAAAUUACAAAGCUCCAGACUAGUUUGGACAAUAUGAUGAAAGAGAAGUUUGGAGACUUGGACCCCGGCAGUGCAGACUUCAUCCUCCAAGAGGAACGAUUUAAACAACUAAGCAAUGGCUACGAAGCUCAGUGCAGGGAGCUGCAGGAUCGUAUUGAUGAGCUGCAGUCAGAGCUCCAGGAGUUCCACAGUCUUGGUCGAGUUCAUCAGCCGGGCAACAAACCUCUGUCCGAGGAGCUGGAGAGUAAAAGCCCCGGCAUGGAGUCUGAUCCAGGCAUUGGUUCUGAAGAGGUUCAGCCAUUCAGCUUGAGCCUGGAAGCAGAGAUGAUGCUGGAGCGGCUGAAGGAGCAACACUUUCAGGAAAUGGAGGAGUUGCGAAAUCAACUGGAAAGCAAGAUCACUGAUGUUGAUCAGAUGGUAGAAAAGCAGAGGGCAACUCAUGAGGGCCAGAAAGCUGUCGUGGCUCUCCAGCACCAGCAGGAGGUUCAGGCUCUGAGGGAUGAGAUGGCCAGUGUUCAGCGCCAGGCACAGGAGCUCCAGAGCCAGCUUGAUCAAGUGGAGCUGGAGCGGCACUGUCUGGUGAAAAAGCUGGCUGAAGAGAGGGAAGAGCUUGAAAACCUGCAAGAGGAAGAAGUGGGAAAUCUCAGACAACAGCUGCUGGAGACCCACACUUACGCCGCUGACCUGGAGGAUCAGCUGAAGAACCUUGAAGCCCAACUCUCUGAGACAGAUGAAAACUGUCACAGUCAGGUGGACGAACUGCAAAAACAACAUGCCAUGGAGAUGAAGAAACUCGAGGAAAGACAUGUUAAACUUUCUGAAGCCAGACUGGAAGAGGGGAUCAAUAAACUCCAGGAAGAAAAGGCUGAGUUAGAGAGGAGGUUGUUAGGUGAUUUUGAAAGGGAGAAGGAAGUGUUGAAACAAAGCCAUGAGGUCCAGCUGAAGGCUAAACUAGAAGAGGCAAAGAUGAUGUUUGAUAAGGAGCAGGAUGAGAUUGUGCAGAAACUUACAGAGCAGUGGGGAAAAGAGAGAGCUCAGCUGGAUGAGCAGAAUAAUGAGUCUCUGCAGGUUUUGCUGGAGGAAGAGAUGUUGAGACUUGUCAAGGAACAGGAGCAGAAGGACGCCAAGCUCAGGAAACAGUGGGAGGCUGAGCGAGCUCAGCUUCAGCAGCAACACAAGGACGCUGUGCUCCAAAGAAUGCAGUUACAAGAGCAGUUUCAGCAGAAGGAGAAAAAGCUAAAGGAAGGGUGGGAGAGAGAGAGACUGCAGCUGGAGGAGGAUUAUGAAGGGAUGCUGGAUGACAGGUUGAAUGAGGAGAGGAAGAAGCUUGAAACUGAGAAAGAGGAGGUGGAGAAAAAGCUAAAAAAUGUAAUGACAGAGGAGAUGGCUCGUUUAGAAGAGAGCCACAGGGAUGCUGUGAAGGAGCUGACCACAAAGCACAGUGAAGAGAGGAACACUCUGAGCAGUAUGUUGGACAAACUACGAGAUGACUUCACUCAGGAGAGGAGGGAAAUGGAGGUCAGCUUCACCCAAAGAAUCAAAGAGGUGGAAAAGCGCUUCUUGGGUGAUCAAGAAUCUGUUGAAGAACGUUUUCAUGCCAGUGUUUUGAAACUUGAACAGCACUACCAAAGUCAGCUGAAGGUGCUUUCUGAAAGCCACGGCGAGCAGAAGCUCCGUUGGGAAGCACAGAUGCGAGAACAUGAGAAGGCAGAUGCACAAAGACAAAGGAUGGACGAGGCCGUGAAGCAGGAGAGGGCAAGUCUCAAUCAGAAGUGGAUACAAGAACUAUGUGAGCUUAAAAGUUUUCACAAGGAAGAACUGCACACAAUCAUUGUCAAAAACAAAGAACUGCAGAAUGAACUGGACAACUUUAUUAGUCUGAACCAGACAAAAGAGAUGGAACUUAGUAGGCAGCUGAAUGACCUCCGUAACCAUCUUCAGGAAAGUUUGGACACCAAAGAUGAGCUCCUCGUUCAAUCUGAGCACAAAGCACUUCAGGCUGAAGUCCUGUUUAAUCAAACUACGGAGGACUUUAUACAGGAGAGGGCAAAACAUCUGAGUACCCAGUCAGAACUUGAGGCAAAGUACAACGAGAUGCAUGCAAUUUCUGAGCAACACGUAUUGGAGAGAAUUGAACUGUUAACGGAGCAAGAUGAUUUAAAAAUGAAGGUUGAAGAGCUGGAGAUGUUGCUCAGACAGGCAGCAGUGGACUUUGAACUUGACAGGAAGGAGCUACAGGAAUGUGUGUCUGUUCUUGAGGGGAAGUUGAAAGAUAAUCUUGAGAAUGAUGAAGGAGAUAUGCUAAAAAGAAGGGUUAAACAGUCGGAGAAGGAACUUGAUGAAGUUUUGACCUCUAUAGAGAAGACUGAGAAAAAAGAAGAACAGGAAUUGAACAAUGAUCAGAAAAGAUGUUUGGCACCCAAUGUUGCUAUCAGUGAUUGUAUCAAUUUCUCUAAUCAGGAACUAGUUUGUUUGUCACCCUCUGUUGUUGAACAAGACACAGAAGUAGGAACCAUAUCAGAUAGCCCUCAUUCAAUGGAGGAAGGCGCUGAACAUAUUAUGGAUGUUGAUUAUGAUAAUGAAAGCCUGGCUAAAAACAAUGAUGAAGACCACAUGCCACAAAUUAAGAUGAAUACAUUUGAGUUCACAGAACAGGAUAAUCAAAUGGUUUUGCCUGAGAAUAAUGAAAAUCAAGUUGGUUUUGUGUCUAAUUUUGAAAUAACAAAUUCAAACUCUUACAUAGACUGUUAUUCCCCAGAAAUUGGAAUUUGUCAUGAAGACGACACUAAACCAAAUCUUUUGAGUUUUGAAAACAAUGAGGAGUCUGUUUCCUUGCAGUGUGAAGUGACCUCGUUGCUUCAGGUGUUUGAAGGUGUGGAAGCAGAUCAAGAUGCAGCAGCUCUUGAAUCAUGUGAGGACGAGUGUAAACCUCAACCUUUAACAACUUUUGAUUUUGGAAGCUGUUCUCAUGAAGAUGAACCAUGUGUUAAGACUGUGGUUAAUCCAUCGAUGCUGGGGGAGAUAUCUGACCUUGAUGAACUGCCUCUGAAGCAUGCUGCGGUUAGUUGUUUUGCGAAUAACUCUCACCAGAAUAACGAGGAAGCUGGAUUUGUUUCAGAGUCAGGCCAUCAACAUUUCACUUCUAAAAUUAAGGUUGAGCCUGCUGACUGUACACAUGGUUACCUUGAACAUGAUGAUGGUGAUUCUGGGAACCAGACUUGCUCUCUCCUUAAACUAAUGGGUUUGCACAACACUGCCACGGAUGAGAACUUCCUCCUCCAUGAGAAGAUAUCUCUGCUUCAGCAGAAGACGGAACUACUAGAGAAUCUUCUGGCUCAUAACAGUGAAAAGAUGAAAACUGGUCACCAGAUUCUGGAGGAGAACUACGGCCUCAAAGUAAAAAUGGUGCUGUUAAUGGAGCACAUCAAAAAGCUGGAGAUUAAAGCCAUAAAAAUGACGGAUGUUCAGAUUCGAUAUGAAAAUUGCAUGUGUGAAAAUAUCAAGCUGAUGGAACAAAAUGGUGAACUUGAAAAAACAGUGUGGAGCCUUGAAACACAGAUGAAUAUUUUCCAUGAUUCCCAAGAUGAGCAGUUCUCACUUGAUGGGAUCAGCAAGAUGAGGGAAGGAAACACUGAGCUGUUCAGGGAACUGGAGACGCAGGUUGAGAUUCUCUCUGGACUGGAUCCAGAUGUUGGACAUUUGGAAAGCCCUACAGGAGAGGAUUUGCUGGAUCUGGAGGCUGAAGUUGAUGCAGUGACUGACCUUGAGGACUAUGAACAUUUUGAGAAGCAGAACACCAAAAUUUGCAGAGCCCUCUCAGAGCUUCAGGACAAGUCGCAGACCUUAAAUGAAACAACGCAGGCCCAUAGAUCUGAGGUCUGUCGUCUUGCUGAAGAAAAUCUCCUUCUCGGGCAAAAGAUGACAGCUUUGAAGGAGGAGGACUUAAAAGAGGCCAAGGAAGAGUUGAUACAAACAUUGGAGCACUUAAAACAUGAAAGGACCACAGCUCGGAGGGUAGCAGAGACUUUUCAGAAACAGAUUGAAGAGCUGCAUUUGCAGAGGCAACAGCUGAAGGAUGAGAAUGGGAAGCUGUCGGAGAAAAGUAGCCACGACAUUGCUGAGAUGGAGGAUCUACAUCAGCAGCUGGCAGAGCUCAAAGAGGAGAAAGAGAAUAGGGAGGUGUUCCCCGCUGAAGAUAAAAACAAGCUGGCAGCGUGUGUGACUUCUCUGGAGGCAGAGCUGACCAAAGCUCUGGAGGACACUGCAAAGCUGGAGGAGAGGAAUAGCCAGCUGUCACAGCAACUGUCUAGCUUAAGAGAGAAGGUGACCAAGUUCGACUCCAUAGAGAACCAGCUCAGCCAUCUGCUGGAGGAACGGAAGAGUGUGGACAAGGAGACUCAGAGCCUCCGCAGCCAGCUCGCCAAAGCCCAAGAGCGGGUCAAGGCAGUGGAUGAAACAUCUCUGGCUGUGAACCAUCAAAGUGCUCGCCUCAAGGCUGACGUUCGUGUUUUGCAGAAGGAGAGGGAUUCCCUGAAACAUGAAGUUGCAGUUGUACACAAACGGUUGCAGAAUGCCAAUGAUAAACACCACAUUUUAGAAAUGGCCUUGCACUCGAGUGGUUUGCAGAAUCAGAGCAAAAAAAGGCUCAAGGAUGAGCUGUCUCGUCUGAUGGAGCAAGAGCAGCUGCUCCUGAGGCAGGAGAACGAGAGGUUUCAGGCAGAAGUGCGCACUAUUAAAGGAGACCUAGUACAGUCAAGAGAGAAGGUUCGUCACCUUGAUGCAACCGUCUUGUCCUUGAAGCAACAGAAACAACCAAAUCACUUGUCACUGGUGAAGGCUUUGGAGGUGGAGAACGCCUCUUUGAAGCACGAGCUGGAGGCACAAAAGGAACAGAACAAGAGCUGUGAAGCGGGACAGGGACACACAACUUCACUGGAGAGUCUUCAGCAGGAAAAUGAGGCGCUUAAGGACCAAAUGGCUCAUCUGUCUUCACAGCUACUGGAGAGUUUUCAGGCUCAUCUGGUUGGACUUCUGCCUCCGUCCCCUCACAGGAUUCCCAGAGGACAACAUCGCGGUGAAGAUCCUGACAACAUGCAGGAUGAAAGGGAGAGGAAGAUGAAGAACAUGGAGGAGCGGCUGAGAGAAAUUGAGCUGUCGCUGCAUAAUGUGAAGCUGCUGCUCAAAGAGAAGGUCGCUCAACUGAAAGAUCAGCUCAACAAGAAUGGCAAAGCAGAUGUGCUGAUCAACGACCUGUAUGUGGAGAACGCUCAGCUGCUGAAAGCCCUGGAGAUAACCGAGCAGCGGCACAAGAUCGCCGAGAAGAAGAACUACCUGCUGGAGGAGAAGAUCUCCAGCCUCAACAAGAUAGUGCGGGACCUGAACCCGUCACUGCUUCCCUCACUACCUUAUCACUAUAAAUGCUCAUAAUGCAUCACCUAAAAUACCUACAGUACAAACUGCAAUGUUUCUUUGCAGUUCUUUGCCCACAUUGAAUUAUAAUGUAUCCUGACAUAUUUCCUUGAAUGUCCACCGUUACAUUCUAUUCCAUAUAUUUUAAAUGUUACUGAUCACUGUGCAGUAUUAUAUAUUAAGCAGUUGUGCUUAAAUUGUGUUGGACCAAUGAAGAACUAAUAAGAGUUUUAUAGUUAUUUAUAAUAUAAAAGCGUAUUUUUCAAAGCAGUAGCAGAGAACAUAAUGGCAUGAUGUGUCUCUUGAAAGAGACAAAAACUUAAGUGUACUUUUUGUACAAGUGUACUUUUGUCCAUGUUUUCAGAGACACUAAGUUUGUGUGUCUGUUCCUUUUUAAGCCCUUGUGUAAAGAAGAAACGGGCCAUUCUGUAAAAUCAUGCACACAGAAGAGCCACAUAACACCGAGGUGUUUGCUCUCACGUAACAACACUACCUGUACAGUAGUUAUAUCCAUUUUAAAUGUCUGUGAAAGUGUCAAUACAUUUUAUUUAUAUUUAAAUGGAACUCUAUAAUCUGUUGCAAUAUGUAAAGCUGUUGGUGUUUAAAACUGCACCAUUAUGAAUGUUUCUGUUUUAAAGUGAUGGACCUUGUCUUUACUGCAGAAUAAGCACUAAUGUUGAAAACAGGGUCAGGAUCAAUACAAUGCAUACAUUGUAUGACAUUUGAAUUCUUUUUGAAGCAUUUGCCUUUGUUACACUUGCCUUGUAUUACACACAUGAAUACUUGGUUUAUUGAAAACAUAUUGUUAUGAAUAAAAAGGCUGCCUCAAAAUACAA